AUGUGGGAGCAACGGAACUCCGUUCAACAUUCGGAUGAUAACGUUCAAUUACGUGAACGUCACAGUACUGUCAAUGAGGGGAUUCACUCACAGUUUGAUAUGGGUCCCGAUGACUUGCCUAAGGAAAUUCAACCGAUGCUAACAAGCCGUCGACGAGUCCUUCGCAAGUCAUUGGUAGACAAGGAAGAGUGGCUUAAGUUGCUUUGUCAGGAACGCAGAGAUUUCCGUCGCUCCAUGAAAGCACAACGCCGCAGUCUCCCCUGGACCCUGACCAACUUUUUGCGGGACCUUACAUGCCCCAAAUUCACCCCGCCACGUCGCGGGAGAAGUCUUUACCCCUUUGGGAAACUUGAGCAACUUCUUUAUUAUUAUUCGCUUUCGGAGGUAGUGGUAGCGGGCAUCCAUGGACAAGCAUCGGACAAGGCGCCCCCAAAUACAGUGGAAAAGAAGUGGCCCACAAGACUCUCCUAUCUGAAGAGAGUUGCUGGUACUACGACCUCAGCUCAGCUUCCCACCCUCUGGCACGAGCUAGCAAAGUGUAAGAAGCACGAAUCAAUUGGAAUUGUGCAGUCCCUGCUGGACGAUGAGGCCGAGAAACUGAACCUCAAUCUGGAAUUCAUCGUUUCAGCCCGAGUAAUCAAGAGCCUGGUGGAACUGGAAUUUCGUUCGCGCGGCGACGUUGAAAAGGGUUUGAACGUGUUUAAUAGUGUCUGUUUCCAGCACUACAAGAAUGCAAACGCGAUCAAUGAUUACAACAAGAGCGAUUAUUGGUUGACGGGCGAAAAGACGACCGCUUCAAUGAAGGAUCAUCAAGCCCACGACAAGAUCAAGCAUGCUAUCUUCCCAAAGGAUCCCAUGCAGUUCCGUGAGAUGGUCAAUGGUAUGCGGGUAUUCUACCGUGUAGUGUUUGGGAAAACUCAUCCACUGACAGCCGUGUAA